GUCCGGGCUGCGUUUCACUGUGUACUGGGCAUCGAACUUUGUUUUCGAUUUUUGCUCAUAUCUUGUCACGAUGUUUCUGGUGAUCGCCGUGCUUGCCAUCUUUAAGCGCAAGGAGUACGUUGCGCCGGAGAACGUUGGGGCGACGAUCGUGGCGUUUCUGUUGUACGGCCUCUCUGGCAUUGCGAUGGCGUACUCUGUGAGCUUCAUUUUCUCCGACCACUCGAAGGCCCAGAACGUUGUGAUGCUGACGAACUUUAUUGCCGGCUUCUUGCUUGUCCUUUCGGUGUCUGUGUUGUCACUCUUUUACAAGACAGAGCACGUCGCCAACGUGCUACGCUGGGUCUUCCGGAUAGUGCCGAGCUACUGUGUUGGCGAGGGUAUCAGCAAUAUGGGUAUGUUGGCAAUGAAGCGUACUCUUGGAAGUGAGCAAACAGCGUGGGCCAUGGAUAUUGUUGGCUGGCCGUGUGUGUACAUGGCGAUUGAGACGCCGCUGCUCUUACUGCUCACGCUUCUCAUUGACCACCCGGCCCGUCGGCAG